GUGACUGUCACUCCAGGACUUUUAACUAGCAUUACAAUAAUUAAUAAUCUUAAACAAAACUGUAAUAGCAACCGUGCCUUGGAAUUCAUAUCUUCCAGGAGAGUAGAAAGAAAAAAUGACACAUGUGGAAAAAAAAGCAGGAAAAUCAAAUCUUCGAUUUAAAGAGACAAAGGCUGAAGACCCACCCUCAUACAACGAUGCCCUUAGAUUUCCUGACAAACUAUUCAAAAGUGACCGCCAUACAUUUACCUGCCUAAAGGCUAUAUUUGGUAUCUUCUGUGGAUUUUUUACUGGUGGAUUACUGUUUGUUCUGCUAAUCUACAGUUUUGGUUUUGCCUUGGAUAUAGCUGGGUAUAUAUCUAUUGGAGUGACAGCCCUAGCGUGUCUAGGUCUAGCACUAUCUGUCCAUGUUCGCUGUAUCGUGGUAUUGAUGAUUCCUAGUCUAUUUACUGGAAGAGGAAGGGUAGCCAUUUUGGCAGUUAUAUUUGGACUCCUAUUAUCAGGACCAAUCAAAAACAUCUCUAUAAAUACUUCAGAAGUAUCAAGAAGUAUGGCCUGUAGUACUGAACUCUUUCAGAAUCAGUCGCACACUCUCAGACAGCAGUUAAAUGUACCACUAGAGCAAAUUACAAAUGCUCUGGACAAACACGCCAAAGAUAUAAAGGAAAUUGGAAAACAAAUAGAUAGAGCAAUAAAACCAAUUUAUGAUGCUCUUGUUGCUGUUAAAAAUGGUAUCGAGAAAGUGAGCAAUGCACUGGAUACAGCUUCACAGGAGUGUGACAGAAUGAUGAACAAAGUGUAUGAUGACUGUAGAAGAGAACUCAACAAGGCUUACAGUAAAUGUAGGGAGACACUUAGAAAGGCUUUAAGGUGGGUUCCAGGUUUAGAUAUCACAGCAGUCUGUAAUAUCCUUAAUAUACAAAAGGUCUGUUUUAUACUCAAACCAUCUUUUGUAUGUUCACCAGUCAAAGCAAUUGAUAAGGCAGCUGAGAAACUUGCGGAUUUUGCUGUCAAACUGGUCAAAGAUAUCGAUAAAUGGUUUCAAUUCAACGUUAUCAAGAAGUCUGAGAGUGGCCAGGUGUAUAAUGCUACCAAAACAGCUAAAGAAUUCAUUGCUGAGAUUGAGAAAGCUCUGACCGACAAGAAAAUAACAUUUACUUACAUCGUGGAAAUUAUGAGCAAACUUUUAGCACUUUCCCUACUGUUGCUCCUAACCCAAUCAUUUUUUUAUUUGAAAAAUUAUCUGGCCAAGGAUGAAUUUGAUAACAUUUACAUUACUUCACAGUUUAAGGGUUAUGAUUCUGAAACACGAGAGAAAGGACAACAGGGCGUGUUACCUCUUCAAAAGAAGGAAAAGAAACUAUACACAGAUAGUACAUCCUUCAUGAUGUCUCCAAAAGAAAGAAGUCAGAGUUUGAUGGGCAUAUCUCAGCUCCUCCUACACGUAUUACUGAGUGCUCUCAUUGUGUUCCUUAAUUACGUACUGUUCUAUAUAUUGUUCCUUGUGAACAGGUAUGGCCAGGUGAAUGUAGAUGUCACUGGAAAAAGUAAAAUAAACCUAAAGGUCAAAGGAGGACAAAUGGCUGCCUUCAUAAACAGUUUUAUAAAUGACAUUAACAUUGAAAACACAUACGAGGCUAGUUAUAAUACAUCCGCAUGCCUGCCAAGUCCUACGCCUCCUGAUGCUACGGACAUUCCAGUUCUUUGUUCAGCUUAUGCAGCUGCUCUACUCCUGGUUUUACUGCAAGCUUAUGGAGCAAGAUACAAUCGUAAAAUAUGUGCCUUCUACUAUCCUGAACAGGAAAUGGAACGUAUCACUUUUCUGCAGAAGAAAAUCCUUUACAACCGCAAGGGAAGGCACACAUUCAUUAAACAACAUGUUACUUCAAUGAAGAAUCAAAAAGUUGCUGAGCAGAGAAUGUCUGUGAAACAACUGUUAUCUGCAAUAUGUCCCUGCUUUGAAGUGGAAAAAACAGAUCUAAAAUUCUGUAUGUACUGUGGAGCUAACCAAGGGUCCAGUCAUACAUUACAGGAAUGUAAAAACACAAACUGCAAAUCAACUUAUUGUUCUGAAUGUUUUAAUGAUUGUGGACAUAGUUGUCCUAUCUGUAGAAAAUAACAUGUUUAUUGUGUUUAUAUUAUAUAUCUGAUAUUUAUUGGGGUUUUUUUAAUAUAAGAUUCAGUGAAGAAUACAGAAUACAUGUUCACCAAGAUUUGUUAAAACAUACAAUCUUCAGUUUUCAACUUAUAUAUCUAGAAAUGUAACAAAUCUUUUUUUGAAUAAACAUGAAGGCAACUUGAAAAAAAGUGCAAUACUUUUUUGGAAAUUUAUAAUUUCUGUUUAAUUUUUUAACCUUUAACUAGCCAAUUUGUUACAAAUUUAAGACACAAGCAUUUGAAUCUUAUCCCCUCCCACAAUAUACAAGGAAUAUUGAAUAAAGAAGGAUCACUCAAUCUUAAUUUUUAAAAUUGCCAACAGCUCUUAGUGUCCAGCUAUUUCAAGCUGUAAUUUUGCUUAUGAA